AUGGCAAAGUUCAGGUCAGCAGUGGAUAAAGAAAAACCGGGUGUUAUUGCUGUCUCAGAAACUUGGUUAACGUCAGAAGUAUUAGAUAAUGAAAUUCAGUUGACUGGUUUUUUACCCACCAGGGCUGAUAGAUUAAACCCUAGGGAAGGCGGGCUUAUCCUGUACCCCACAAUGUAUGACUUAAGAAACUCUUCUUUAGAUUUAGUCUUCACACACAGUGAUGACGUUGGUCAAAUGACUUCCCUCCUACCACUAGGGAGGAGUGACCAUGCAGUCAUAUUAUUCAAAUUCAUGGCUGAGAUUGCCUAUCAAACAGUUGCGCCGGCCCGUCCUAAUGUAUGGAAGGCAGAUUUGGAGGCAAUCAACUCCGCAGCAUCGACUUAA